UUGUAGGGAUCCUAUUCACCCUGGGAUCUCACUUGUAGGGAUCCUUUUCACCCUGGGAUCUCAGUUGUAAGGUUUCUAUUCACCCUAGAACCUGAGUUGUAUGGCUCCUUUUCACCCUAGGAUCUCAGUUGUAGGAAUCCUUUUCACCCCGGGACCUCAGUUGUAGGAUUUCUGCUCACCCCAGGAUCUCAGUUGUAGGGUUCCUUUUCUCAAGCUUCCUCCCCAUAACUUAUUCUCCUUAGGGAAUCCAUACAAUCUGUCUGUCUCUCUUCCUGCUUGAUCUUGUCCUCAUAUUGGUCCCUUCACCCCAUAACCAUGGACUUCCUCCUUAGUGGGGUGGCAGCCUGUGGGGCCUGUGUUUUCACCAACCCCUUGGAGGUGGUGAAGACCCGGAUGCAGCUGCAAGGGGAGCUGCGUGCCCCGGGCACUUACACCCGCCAUUACCGCAAUGUCUUCCACGCCUUCUACACUAUCGGCCGGGUGGACGGCUUGGCCGCUCUCCAGCGAGGACUUUUGCCUGCCCUGCUGUACCAGUUUAGCUUUAAUGGGAUCCGCCUGGGCUCUUAUGGGAUCGUCGAGUCGGCCGGCUACAUCCACACACCGAAUGGACGAGUCAGCCUUCUACGGACCACAUUGGCCGGGGCAGUGGCCGGGGCAGUGGCAGCGAUUGCAAGCAGCCCCAUUUAUAUGGUGGGUCUGGGCCUGGGUUGAGAUAUAUCAAGGGCCCAUGCUUUAUUGCUGCUGUUGUGCGCCUUCAAGUUGUUUCUGACAUAUGACAAGCCUAAGGAUUUUCUCUAGGGCCUCUGCUACCUCAGGUUCAGGAGUGCAUCAUUAAUUCAGUUUGACACCACUUUAACUGCUGUGGAAUCAUGGGCUUUGUUGUUUGUUGCAGCACCAGAGCUCUCUGACAGAGAAACCUAAAUAGCUCACAAAGCAUCCAUUGCACAAAUUCUAGUAUUCCAUAUCAUUGAGCCAUGGGAGUUAAAGCAGUGUCAAACUGCAUUAGUUCUAUAGUGCAGAUGCAGCCUAGGAGGCCCCAUAAUUUUAUUUGAAAUGUGUAUUAUUCUGAGAAUGAUGUAAAACUUGACAUUUUGUGUUUUUUUUUCUAUUCUACAGGGUUAUUCCUAAUCAGAUGCUCUAAACUGGGGUUGUAAAUAUUCAAUUCUAUCAUGCAAGGAUGAAUACUUCCCCUAGUUUUCUUCCCUCUGCAGCAGAGGAUGAAGAUUUCUACAACGUUUUCUCCCGGGAUUUGCACUUUACAAAAUAUUUUAGGAAAUAGAUUUUUGUGGGUUU